AUGGCCAACGAGGAAAAUAUGGAGAUGGCAACCCAAUUCUUUCUUUCUGCCGGGAAACAUGCAGGAACUUUGGUGGCAGAACUGGGGAGAGCUAAAGGAAGAAGGACGGUCCAUCGAGCACACUUCAUCGAAGGACUCCUGGAAGACGAGGUCAUGCCCAAGGCGCGACUGCAUUUCGGCAAACGCUUAGUCGACCUCGAGGAGAAUGCUAUCACCAAAGAAGUCAAAGUCAGUUUCGAGGACGGCACAAAUGACAUUUUCGACGUCGUGUUCGGGGCCGAGGGAGCUUUCAGCCCAACCAGGAAAUUCAUCCUUGGGCCCGAACAUCCGGCUACUAAGCCCGUCAACCACGAUGAAUGGCGGCAGUUUCAUUCAGCAAUCCCCAUGACAGAGGCCAAACAAAUCAUUCCGCAGCAUUGCAUCGAUAACGCCAUCGGCCAUUGCACCCCUUAUGGAUUCAUCAUAGGCAUUCCAGUCGAUCUCGGACAAACUUACAGCAUAGGUUGCUUGCAAAGAGACACCAAAUGCCCGCAAAAAGGGGCGCCAUUCAACUCGGGUCUGUGGAAAGGGUUUCUACCAGAAAUUGAUGCCCUUAUAUCUGCCGUCGAGCAAAGCCACAAUGAGGAUUGGAGCUUGCAAGAUCACGAGCAUGCACCGACAUAUUAUAAAGGACAUGUAGCCAUGCUUGGUGAUGCCGCCCAUGCAACCCUACCCCACGCAGGAAACGGAGCUGCCCAAGCCAUCGAAGAUUGCUCCAUACUCGCAGGCAUCUUCCAUCGGCUGACAUCGGUUGACGAGAUUGAGCCAGGCUUGAGAGCCUUCGACGAGAUUCGACGCCCGCGAAGUCAAAGAGUUGUGGAUAUCACGCGAGAGUUUGGCAGACUUUACAGCCAAGACGCAGACGAGAUUGACUUAGAUCACAUGCGGGCUCAGAUGAAAGAAGGUGGCAUGUUCACAAAUGGGGUAGACAUGGACGCUCAAGUCAAAGACGCAGUUGAGGCCUUCGAAAGGUACAAGAUGGAGUUAUGA